AGGCCCAUUCAGUGGUCACAGGCACCUAGACCAAUACUGCCACGUCAAAAAAGUUUGAGCAUGCAGCACUGGAGAAAAAUAUUCUUCUCUUUAUCUGGCCCAAGAGGACUCAUGGAACUGGAACCUGAUUCAGCAAGAGGGGACUGAGCUGAGGGAGGAAACUGCAGGGUGACGGACAGGGGUCGAUGGGAGCUGGAGCUCAGUGGAGAUCAGCGAGCCGCUCCACAGGCUCAGCCCGCAGAGCAGACAGGCGGAGGAAAUGUUGGGAUCCUGUUUUCAGAAGGAAAUCAUCCUCUGCUGCUGUGGCUACCGCCGGGUUUUUGUUCUUCCUGGGAGUCAGCAUCUUCUUCCUACCAGUACCAGAGCCGUUUGGCUCUGAGGAGACCCGCGCGGUGACGCUCCUGAUCUGGACGCACCCGUUCGGUCGGUACCAUAAACUUCCGGACUGCCUCGAGCUCUACCAGAUCGGAGGGUGCACGCUCACUGAUGACUGGAGCGCGCACCGGGAGGCUGACGCUGUGAUCGUUCACCACCGAGAGGUUGAAUCGGGUACCGUUUAUCUGCCACCGGAACCGCGAUCAAGUGCGCAAAAGUGGAUUUGGAUGAACUACGAGUCUCCUGCGCACACACCCGGACUGCGGCGUUUUAAUAAUGUGUUCAAUCUCACGCUCACCUACAGGACGGAUUCAGACAUUUUCUUGCCUUACGGGUACCUGGUCCUCAAAAACCAAAGAAGUCCCCGGAACCACUUGGCACAACCACUUCACGCCCCUUCAUCACAGCCUCUACGGCCCCGCCUCCUGGCCUGGGUAAUCAGCAAUUGGUCGGAGUCCCAUGAGCGCGUGGCCUUUUACUACCAGCUUAGUCGACACAUCAAGGUGGACGUGUUCGGGCGCGCGGGCCGACCGCUACCAGAGGACAGAGGCAGAGGAAGCGUGGUGCGCAUGCUCGGACGCUACCAGUUCUACCUGGCGCUGGAGAACUCGCGGCACACGGACUACAUCACAGAAAAGCUGUGGAACGCGGUCCUCGCUGGGUCCAUCCCGGUGGUCCUGGGUCCGUCCAGGCAGAACUAUGAGCGCUUUCUGCCUCCUAAGGCAUUCAUCCACGUGGACGACUUCCCCUCGGUGCGCGCGCUGGCUAAAUACCUGCUGAGGCUGAGCCGAGAUCCAGUCCGGCUGAGACGGCACCUGGACUGGAGGGGGAGCUACAGCUUGCACCAGCCCUCCUUCUGGGCUGAACACUACUGCACGGCCUGCAGGGCGGUGAGGAGGACUAGAGGCAGGACUGAGGUGGUCCAAGACUUGGAACGAUGGUUUCACUCAUAAGAAACAGCUGGAUCAUCUCAAGAGCAUCACUGAGAUCGAAGCCUUUGUGCCCAAUCUUUUUUUAAGAGUUUACAAUCUAGGGGGAAGUUUCUGCGGUUUCACUCACCACAGGGGAACCUUCUGGGCACCAGCUGAUUGUUUUUUUUUGAAUGCCAGACUAUAUAAUGUGUACAUUGUACAACAACUUGUUUGUAUUUGUAAAAAUAUUAAGACAUUUUCUUUGUGGUGUGGUUGUUGGGGCUCUGAACUGAAUGCAGGAGGUGUGGCGAUGGCUCGUUGAAAGGAAGCAGUGUGGACACUGUUGGAUGAACAUUGAUUAAAUAUCUAUAUGUGAAGUAUGGGUAGAGGGCAUGUGACAGUGGUACAUUGGACAUCUUGUUAACUCGUCCAAAAUGUCUUGUUAAUACUGGUAUUUUGUCAUUCUCAUUAUUUGUGCAUUAUUUUAUUAUUGUUAUUUUUUCUUUAUUGUCUGAUACAGUAUUUUUC